CUGGAUUGCAGCAGGAGGGUGCUGGCAGCGUGUCCUGGCUGGGUUUGGCCCCUGGGUGCUGUCCCCACCCUCAGGCCCUGGGGUGUAAAUGCUGUGACAGAAUUUUAACGCACACGACACAAGCGAGGAGGAGUCAAUUUGGGAUUUUUAAAUUCCCCCCCUCUCAGCCCUCUGUGCCAUUCCUGCUCAGCUCUGGCUGGGAGCUGAUGCCAGGAGAGCCUUUUUUGACACAGCUCCGAUUUUUCUACUCUUUCUUGUCACUUCUGCCUGAGCCAGAAGUGAGGACCCAGUGAAAGUCACACUCCUGAGAGGCACAAACCCCUGAGCCUGCCGGGCCAGGGAGCCCCAAAAAGCCCCAGGUGUGCUGCAGCUCCAUCUGGGGCACUGCAGAAGGAUGCUCAGGGUCUUCUUCCCCACCCCAGUGACAGCUGCUCCUUCAGAGCCCCCCAAAUGUGUUUUUGGGGUUCCCCACACCAAACACAGCUUGGGAUCCAUUUUCUGAAAGUUUUGCUUCUCUGGAGCUGGGGAGGAGUUUGGAAAAUGAAUUGGUGGUGUGGUAAGUUGGGUUUUUAAUAGACACCUUAAUUUUGGGGUGUAACAACACCAAAAAAAACCUCAGCCCAGGAGCAACCAAACCAAGCCCAGCUUUUCUUUGCCUUCCACAGAAAGUUUGGGAAGGAAAGAGGGAAUCUUUGGAGCAACUGUGCAUAAUGUUUGGUGAAGGUCAAUGAUAACUUGAUAAAAUAUUGCUGUAGUGUGAUGUGCUUCUGCAUAUAUAUCCAUUGCUAGUAAAUAAUGUAAAAUCUUUUUUUUUUUUUCUUGGAAAGUAUUAAAACUACAAAAAUACUCUUUGUUACAAUGGUGGGAUGCUUUUAGCCAUGGAGUUCUGGAAGCAUUUUUGCUGUGUAGGUGUUGACAAAGUGAAUGCUGAACGUUUCUCCAUGUCUGUGAUGCUUCAGAAAUGGAAGGGGCAUUUCUGGCUCUGGAGCUCUCUCUUUUCCAAACUUUUCCAUGUUCCUGUACAGACAUCUGAGACCCUGCACCUUAUGGAGAGAAUGUUUACAUUUAAAAAAAAAAAAAGGAAUUUUUCUUUUUUUUUUGGCUUUUUCCCUGUGCUGCUCAGAUCCUGUUACUUUGAAAUGAAAGUAGUCUCUGUUAGAAAAAGGGGCUUUUUUUUAAUUUUUUUUUUUUUUUUUGCCCUUCCCUGUAAUCAAAUCCCUCCUGGAUUGUGGCUGGAAGCUCUGGGACUGCUGGGACUUUUCUGGAGUGGGAUUAGAGGUGCUUGAGAAAGGUGUUUUUAACAACCCCUGCCUUGGCUGUGGGGAUGAGCUUUGGAAAGCAGCAAACCCAGCUCCAAACCCCCUGGAUGUGAGGCUGCCUUGCAGAUUCCCUGGGAAGCCUCGGGGAUGGAAUUCCCAGCAUCCACAUUUGUGUUUCCUCCCCAGAUGAUGAAUGUCCUGCUGUUCCCUCUGCAGCCACAAACACUUGUGGUGGUUUGGAUGCACAAAUCUGCUCCAGGAUUUCCCUUCCCAGGAGUGGUUUGGGAUUGCUGUGGGUGCCUCUCCUCUCCCAAUCCCACCCAUGGGGAUGGACUUGGAGCUCUCCUUCACUGAGCCUACAGCAGGCAGGCAGCUGGAAAAUGAGAUAUUUUAACCAAAAGGCUCCUUAAAGUGGACUUUGAGACUUUAACCCAACGUGUCUGCUGGAUUUUCCAUGGAAAAUUUGUCCCGACCCUCGGAGCAGGGGUGGGUCCAGGGGAACUCUGGAUUUGUACAUUUUCCACAUGAAGACCACUCAGCCAGAGCCAUGGGGCAAAGAGACAACUUCAGAUCCUGACUCCUGCCUUAAAACCUCUCGUUCAUCCUGAGCUCCAGAAAUUCCUGCACCUGCUCACUCCCAGGUCCCUUUUUUGUUUCCGUCAGGAAAUCGGAACCUGCUCCGAAGGCUGGGGACAACUCAAGGCAAUGGAAAACAAAAGGAACUGGAGCUGGUGGCUUUAUGAAAACAACAAACUGGUCUUGGCUUAAAACCCCUAUUUGUGCCUCUCAAGUCCAGGGAAUGUUUCAAAAGAGGUGGAUUUGAGCAGCGGCGGCCAGGACUGCGCUGGUGGCACUUGGUGACACCUGGUGGCGCUUGGUGACACUUUGCUCCCGUGUGCUCUGAGCAAGGACUGGGCUCUGAGUCCUCUCUGCCUCAUGGGAAUGGCUUUCAAAGAUGGCUGGUACCAUCAAAUUUGUACUUCUUGAAUAAAUACCUUCAUUUUUAUGGCCAAGAACAAGGAGACGGGAGCUCUGGCAGCUGCCAAGGUCAUCGAGACCAAGAGUGAGGAUGAGCUGGAGGAUUACAUGGUGGAGAUUGAGAUCCUGGCCACCUGUGACCACCCGCACAUCGUCAAACUGCUGGGAGCCUUCUACUGGGAUGGCAAGCUCUGGAUCAUGAUCGAGUUCUGCCCGGGCGGGGCCGUGGAUGCCACCAUGCUGGAGCUGGACAGGGCCCUGACUGAGCCCCAGAUCCAGGUGAUCUGCCGCCAGAUGCUGGAAGCUCUGCACUACCUGCACAGCAAGAGGAUCAUCCACAGGGACCUGAAGGCUGGCAACGUGCUCCUCACCCAGGAUGGGGACAUCAAGCUGGCUGACUUUGGGGUGUCUGCCAAGAACCUGAAAACCCUGCAGAAGCGAGAUUCCUUCAUUGGGACCCCUUACUGGAUGGCCCCGGAGGUGGUGAUGUGUGAGACCAUGAAGGACACUCCCUACGACUACAAGGCUGACAUCUGGUCCCUGGGCAUCACCCUGAUCGAGAUGGCCCAGAUGGAGCCGCCCCACCACGAGCUGAACCCCAUGAGGGUCCUGCUGAAGAUCGCCAAGUCCGACCCGCCCACGCUCAGCUGCCCCUCCAAAUGGUCCCUGGAGUUCAGAGAUUUCCUGAAGAAGGCACUGGACAAGAACCCAGAGACCCGGCCCAGUGCUGCCCAGCUGCUGGAGCAUCCCUUUGUCAGCAAGGUCACCAGCAACAGGGCCCUGCGGGAGCUGGUGGCCGAGGCCAAGGCCGAGGUGAUGGAGGAGAUCGAGGACAGCCGGGAUGAAGCAGAGGAGGAUGACUCCUCCGAGUCUGCCUCGCCCCCUGGGAAGCACAAGAGGGACUCCUCCGAGGUGAGCCAGCUGAGCUUUGAUGGGGAGAAACCUCCAGACUCGUCCUUGCCCAAAGCCCUGAACGGCUCCACGGGCACUGGCAAGGACACCACAGAGAGCCAGAGCCACAAAGCCUCAGACAAAGGGGUGAGCAGUGACGGUGACAAACUGGAGAGCAACCACUCCACAAAACCCAGCUCGGCCUCCUCGGCCACCCAGGACAAGCCGGACAUCAUCCUGCAGCCAGGACAUUUGGGAAACUCAACGGAGGGGAACAAGGAGCCCAGGCCAGGCAGGGAGGAGAGGAAGAGCCUUGGGGAGAGGAAGAGCAUCGGGGAGGGGAAGAGCAUCGGGGAGGGGAAGAACAUUGAGGAUGGGAAGAGCAUUGAAGAGAGGAAGAGCAUUGAAGAGAGGAAGAGCAUUGGGGAGAGGAAGAGCCUUGAGGAGAGGAAGAGCCUUGGAGAGAGGAAGAGCAUGGGGGAGAGGAAGAGCAUGGUGGAGCGACCAGAGAGCGUUUUCCUGGAGAACUUCAGCGAGGAGAAGCUGGCCAAUGGAAGCCUGGAGCCCCUGGGGCCGUUCCCCCGCUCCAAAAGGGACUCAGAUUCUGGCAGCACUUCAGCCUCCGAGAGCAUGGACCUCACCAUCUCCUUGUCUGCUGACCUGUCCCUCAACAGGGAGAGCGGCUCCAUCUCCCUCAAGGACUCACGGCUGCAGAAGAAGACCCUGAAGCGCACCCGCAAGUUCGUGGUGGACGGCGUGGAGGUGAGCGUCACCACCUCCAAGAUCAUCAGCGAGGACGAGAAGAAGGAUGAAGAAAUGAGGUUCCUCAGGCGCCAGGAGCUGCGGGAGCUGCGUCUGCUGCAGAAGGAGGAGCACAGGAACCAGGUCCAGCUGAACAGCAAGCACCAGCUGCAGCAGGAGCAGAUGCUGCGGCGCUUCGAGCAGGAGAUGAUGGCCAAGAAGAAGUUCUAUGACACGGAGCUGGAGAACCUGGAGAGGCAGCAGAAGCAGCAGAUCGAGAGGAUGGAGCAGGAGCACGGGCUGCGGCGGCGCGAGGAGGCCAAGCGCAUCCGCCUGGAGCAGGAGCGCGACCACGCGCGCUUCCUCGAGCAGCUCAAGCAGAUGAAGAAGGAGGUGAAGAACGAGGUUGAGAAGCUGCCACGGCAGCAGCGCAAAGGGAACCUGAAGGCGAAGAUGGACGACUUCACCCAGAAAAAACAAACCAUGGAACAGGAGUUUUUGGCCAAGCAGAAGGAGGACUUGGAGCAGGCCAUGAAGAACAUCAUUGCCCAGAACAAAAGAGAGAUCUGUGACAAGGAGCGUGAGUGCCUCAGCAAGAAGCAGCAGCUGAUGAGAGACAGAGAAGCUUCCAUCUGGGAUCUGGAGGAGCGUCAGCAGCAGGAGAAGCACCAGCUCAUCAAGCAGCAGCUGAAGGACCAGUAUUUCCUCCAGAGGCACGAGCUGCUCCGGAAGCACGAGAAGGAGAGGGAGCAGAUGCAGCGCUACAACCAGCGCAUGCUGGAGCAGCUGAAGGUGAGGCAGCAGCAGGAGAAGGCCCGGCUGCCCAAGAUCCAGCGCAGCGAGGGCAAGACCCGCAUGGCCAUGUACAAGAAGAGCCUCCACAUCCACUCCAGCGGCACCGCCUCCGAGCAGAGGGAGAAGAUCAAACAGUUUGCCCUGCAGGAGGAGAAGAGGCAGAAGGCAGAGCGGCUGCACCAGCAGCAGAAGCACGAGUCGCAGAUGAAGGACAUGCAGGCCCAGUGUGAGAGCAACACCAACGAGCUCCAGCACCUCCAGAACGAGAAGUGUCACCUCCUGAUUGAGCAUGAAACCCAGAAGCUGAAGUCCCUGGAUGAGAACCACAACCAGCACAUGAAGGAGUGGAGGGACAAGCUGAGACCACGGAAGAAGGCCCUGGAGGAUGAGCUGAACCAGAAGAAGCGUGAGCAGGAGAUGUUCUUCAAGCUGAGCGAGGAGGCCGAUGGACAGGUGCCAGUGUCACCAACCAAACACGCCAAGUUCGUCCCCUUCAGCUCCUCAGAGAGCUUGUAACACCUGGCAGGCCACCAGCUGGGACUGGCCGUGUCCUCCUGGGCUGCAGGGACAGCUUGGACUGGGAAGAGCCUCUCACAGCCCCUUGCCACCACGGCCUGGGAUAAACGUGGCCUCUGCACUGAGGGACCCUGGCUGGAACUUGGGGUGGCUCUCCCAGGAGCUCCAGGCUGGGAAUUGGGGCAGGAGCCUCUCUGGAUUUGCACUUGCACUGAUGGCUGGAUGCUUUUGGGGUGAGCCUGGUGCUCACUGGGUUUGUCAGCUCAGGCUGGAGCAGUGCCCACGCUGAUCAGGAGACACAGCCCCUGGGGCAGGGCUGUCACCUCCCUCUGCAACCUGGCUGCUCCUGUCCCAGUCCUUUGGAAGGCCUGGCCUGGGCACAGCAGCUCUGGCAUUGUCUUAAACUCACCUUGGCCUUAGACUUACCCCUCUCCACCAUGGCCCUUUUAUUGCCACAGAGGGACAGAGAUUUGGGGUUUUUCUGCCUAGAGAGGGCUGGGUUUUUUCUUUCCACACAGCCUGUGCAGAAAGGGGCUGGAUGUCCUCUCAAAGAUGCUCCUGCUCUUCCUUUGCUGUGACCAGUGGCACCACAGCCCCUCUGGCACUAACUGUGUUAUCAGAGGCUGGUUUGGGCUGGUUACACUGCCCAGCUGUAGGUUCUGAGGCAGUGCAGGUGCAGAGGGGACACUGGGGACAGCUCAGUCCUGUGGUGACACAGUGACUGUCACUGCCAUGUGCCUUGGGGAUGAGUGGGGUGAAGGGUGUUACAGCCAGAGCUCUCACAUCACACAGGUGCUUGAGGCUGGAUUUUCACUCUUUCCUGUGUGGGGCCCUGUGGGUCAGGCAGAGGGUGAUGCCUGCACAGCAUCGUUGCGGAGGAGCAGAGGGACAAGGGAAGAGGAGAUGCAAACGGGGCUUGUUGCUCCCAGCACCUCCUUGUCCCCUGAUGUCUCGUCUCCCUGUGAUGUGCCCCAGCUUUUUGGGUGUUUCUCCUGGCUGGGAGUCGUGGCAGAGGGGCAGAGCAGGUCCUCUGUCCUUUCUGUCCCCUCCUGGGGCACAAGGCAGGGCUUGGCUGAGCUUGGGUGGGACUGGGAGUACAGAGCUGGGCAGGGCUCAGGGACCUCACUGGCAGCACCUUCUUCUUUACACGACCCAAAGGUGUGAGGCAGCACUUAAGUAUUUUUUUCUGGACAACGUUGUUCGUUUUAGAUCUAUUUCUUUAGCAAGAAAAAAAUAUUCCUGCUUAAAAAAAAAAGAGAAAGAAAAUCUAAGAAAAAAGUUAUUUUCAAGUCCCCUCUGUUGAUUCACUGGCAUUUCAGGGAAAGGUGGUAUGUGAUGUGCCUCACUUCUGGGUACUGGGCUGAAGGAGGCAGCCCCCAGGUGUUUAACUCUGGAUCUGAGGGUUCAUUUCCUACCCUUUUAGAGCCCAUAUUUAUAAACUUCCUGCAGGCUGGCAGGGCUCAGUCUCUUUGGGCCAUCCCAGGUCCCCUCUGAUCUCACUGCAGUGAUGUCUCUAUGAGUGAGCACAGGAAGGGCUCCUGCCCCACCUCCAAAACGUGGAUUGUGCCUUCCAGAUGUGCUAACACCUGGCUGGGAGCUGAUGGAAGGUGAAUGAACAGCAAGGGAUGUUCCUAAAUGGGACUAGGGCUGGCUGGAGACUGUUCUGUGUUCACUGGGUGUGCCAGGCUCCAGUACCUGUCCCUCACCUAGAAGGGGGGCACAUCAUCUGCUGUCAUGUUUACAGCAUGGUUAUCAUUCUCCCUCCUUUCAAAAAUGGAUUUUUUUGUUGUUCCUGUUCAAAAGGAACCACAAUUAAACCCAGCUUGCUUUUCAGGGAGGGGAUGGGAUGCAAUUUUAAAAAUUGUGGCUUUGAAUAAAAAGGGUUUUUUUUUAAUAUUUUGUAAAAUAUCUUCAGUGGGGCCACCACCAUGAUGUAAAGUCUUCUCUAAUAAAGUAACAAACUGAGAAA